AUGAAUAGUUGUCACUCGAGUUAUAGCGCCGAAGAGCCCAGAGAUCACAAUUCAAGCCCUAAUCAGUGGCUUAACGUUUCUGCAAAACCAUUGAAAGUUGAGUUGAGUUUAUUGUUCAACGAUUGGCCGCUGAAGGAGAUCAAGAAAUACGAGUGCAUCGGUUGUAUGGAUGAGUUCGUUCACGAGUCAAGUCUUGCCAAUCAUUUGGAGCGCCGAUCCGUUUUCAUAACAUAUAUGUGCGACAAAUGCCACACAAAACAGGUAUUCUUCAACAGAUGCACUCUUUUGCAACACUUGAAGUCACAUAAAGAGACCAGUGAUCACAUCCAACGGGUUGUUGCAAAUGAAGUGGUUAAUAUUGAUAAUCAAUUGACUCAAAGAAGGCCUUAUGAAUCGUUUGUCAAUAGUAGUGUCUUUUAUGUCAAGAAAGUGGUAAAUCAAGUAAGAAAGUCAUCAAUUGAUGACAACAAUAGUCACACUAAUAAUAAUAAUAAAUCGGUCAGAAAUGAUGGUCAGAAUAAUUCACAAAAUCAGUUGUCAAACGAAUUGAUGUCCAAGAAAUAUAUCAUCAAAAAGUCGAGUAAUUCGGAGUUGAAAUGCAUUCAUUGUAAUCACAGUUUCAAUAGUUUUUCGACUCGUGAGCAACACUUAGCUGACAGACAACUGAUUUUGCCGUUAACUCAGUGUAAACUAUGUCCGACAAUAUGUGCCACGAAUUGUGGUCUAAGUUUGCAUAACAAUCUUCAUCAGAAAACGGAUGAAACAAACAGAGUUUGUCCCGAGUGUUGCACCAAAUUGAAUGAAAUGACUGCAAUUGAUCUCAUGAUUCAUAUUACUGUAAAUUGUUUUCAUUUAAGCCGUCGAUUUGUCUUUAAAUGUAUGUUCUGUUCGGACAAAUUGUCUUCACUGACCACUAUUACACAACACAUCAAAUCGGUUCACACGAAAUCACGUUAUCAGUGCUCCAAAUGUUUGUCCCAAUUGGCCACCGAUAUUGAUCUCAAAGAGCACCAAUCAACUAGUGGUGAAUGUAUUGAUUCAAAAUCUAUUGUAUGGUAUAAAUGUCCCGUUUGUGGACAAGAAGUUAAGUCCGUAAAUACUUAUUCGGAUCAUCUGACGGGUCACCGCAAAAAGAUUUCCGAUUUCGCUUAUUUUGUAUUUAAAUGUCCAGAAUGUGACCAAACAUUGGUAACUAAAAAUGAGUUGAGAUCUCAUUUUAACAAUAAUCACAGCAAUUGUAAGACAGAAAGUGAUCGCAAAAAUUAUUUGAAUCAUUUGAUCCAAAAGAUAUCAACGGAUUAUAAAAUAGAUGUAAAUUUUGAUGACAAACACUGCCAUUCUGUCGAUAAUAAUAAUAAAGAUCAGAAGUCUGUAAAUAAUGGUAACAUCGAUAAGAGGAAGAAGUCAAUCGAGUCCAGUGAGUCUCCGGCCAAACGAAACAAAUUAUUAAUUAAUAGCGACGACAACGACAAUAUUGUUCAGAACAGUAGUAGUGAUGAUCAUAAAAGCGAAAUCAAUGACAAAUCAUUGAAAUGUAAUGAAUGUGAUCUAUACUUUCCAUUUGUUCAAAAUCUGAAACGUCAUCUGAUUCUUGAGCACCGAAUUCAUGACGUCGAGAGCUAUAUUCAUAAGACUUACGUAGAGAUUACUGUCCCAAUCAUCUCAACCACUGAACCUCAACUGCCCAAAGAAGUGGGAGAGGAAAGACUAUCACAGAUAUUGGACAGUCAGGACUCAAACGAUACCAUUUGUCCGGUUUGUUCGCAAAAAUUUGCCGAUUCGUCGAAACUUAAAAUUCACGGCAGAGUUCAUGGAAUGGCUUUUAUAAAGUCGUGCCAAAAGAAGACAUCACUUUAA